GGCCUAUUACUUCCUUUCACCUUACUUGGAAAAUGGAGAUCUCUUUCAUGCAAUCCAGGAAGACAUGAAACCAAACGAUGGGAAUUCUGUUGUUCUAGAUGUUGAAACGAGACUAAGAAUUCUUUUUCAUGUUGCCUCAGCUAUAGAUUUUCUACACACACCUGUGAAAGGUUUCAGAGAGAUUAUUCUACAUAUGGAUAUUAAAACACAGAACAUUGUACUCGACAAGUAUUACAAUGCUAGGCUGAUAGAUUUUGGUUUAGCAAGAGAAAUGAGAGAGGGUGAGCAACAUAUUUAUACAACUACAAAGGAGCUUGCGCAUACAGAGGGGUAUUAUCGCACCAUGAAAGGACAAAAAUUGACAAGACAUGCAGACUACUUCAAUUUUGGAGUAGUCAUUCGAGAACUGUUAACAGGGAUUCCUUUCUAUGUUGAAGGAAAAAAAGAACAUCAACAGCUGAAAAAAAUGAAUGAAUUAAUCAUUUCGAUGGCAAUGAUGGAAAUGUGGACACCUAAAAAGAAACCAACAAAAGAGGCAGAACAACUUAACAAACUUAGUAGUACAUGCAUUCGCGAUGAAGAUGGAGUUUCAUCAAAUUACGUUUUGAGUGUAAUAGAGAGUAUUGUUAGAAGUAGCAAUGUGGACAAAUGGACUCCUUGUGAGAUAACACAGGAUAAGACAAAGGAUUCCACUAAGGACACCACCAAGGACAAACAUAGAUGUGAAAUGUGUUUAGUCUAUCCAGAAGUUGAAGACAAAGUUUUGGACCACGCUGCCAGUUGCAAAAGCAAUAUAAAGGUGUGUGUAGCAUGUAUGAGGAAUGCCUACCUCAAUCCCAUUAAAUGCCACUCUUGUGAUGAACAAAUUAGAACGAUUAUUG